AUAAAAAUUUUAAUCACAUUAAAGUUUAGACUUCGCAUGCGUUUCAGCAGAAACAAUUUUAAAAGUCGCUUGUUAUGCCACCUAAAACGAAAUCGCCGGGGAGCCGUAUGUAUCCGAUCGCGUCUGAUCAGCUGCUUUCAGUUCCACCUCGUCGUUCAAUCGCACAGCCAGCAGAACAGAAUAUCUUCGGGUUUCCAAAUAUUGGUUCUCUAUGAGAAAUAUAUAAUUAUUAUUUUGUGCGCAAUUGAACACACCAUUAUUUCGAACUAUGUGUUUUUGUACAAUGAAUACUAAAUUUAACAAAUCCGUGUUGCAAGUUAAUUAUGCCCGAAACCAUAGUCCCACUGUUGCUUCAUUAUAAAACAUUUAAUAAGUACAUACUACAUGUUAAAACACACAAUUGCCUAGUUUCAAAAUAGAUUUUGGUUGUACAAGUGUAUAAAAAUAAAAGAAAUACCGAUAGAUAAGUUUAUAUGUACUUAUAUAGGUACAAUUGGGUGGUCGUUUUUCCACUGGCGCAUCUCGCUUCCAAGGCGAUUCAAACAAUGCAGAUAAAAUGGGUUGUAGCAUCGGUUAUUAAAAAAUCAAUUAAUCCGGUGCUACAGGAUUUUGGACUUUUACUAUAUUCAGACAUUCAUCAACGGUUUGAUCUAAAAUCAUGCUGGCCAACUCAUGCUGCGGUUGGAAAAAAUACAAUACUCAUGAUCAAUAUCAUAAAACCCUUAAUAAAAAAACUCGACAAAACGCAUCAGAUACAACAGUUCACAUAAAGGUGCACUCCAACGAAAUCGAGUUUCCAGGUUCUUACAGAUAUAAUUUUCACUCAAAAAAACAAAAUAUCGGGCGAAUGAAUAUUCUUGGACAUAUGAGAUGUAAUUUCCGUGUAACACGAUAUGUGACGGUCACCGUACUUUUAAUAUUAGUGACUGCAGUCAGUGCCUAUGCUCAACCAGAAAUUAAAAGCUUCAGUAAUUCCUCAAACGGCGUUAGUCCGGAAAUGGUUUUGUUGAGUAACAAAACAAACAACAGUACCAACGUACUAUCAGAAAAAAAUGGUUCUUCUUCACUAUCGGCGGAGGAUAAAAUUAAUGAAAAUACGGGAAUAUUCCAAAUGAAAGUACAAAGUAAAAUGGGGAAAAAAAGCUCCCCUUUACCAAAGGUAUCAGAGUAUGGAGAUCUAUCAAGAGUUCAAAGUGUAUCUUUGUAUCGCAAUACCUUAAUUAACAUAGAAAGUAUGCUACAACGUCAGUUGCGUGAGAAAGCUAAAGUGGAUAGUAUAGAAUCGAUUAAAAUGCACAUACUUAUGCGCUUGAAUUUAAAAAAACUUCCCAAUAUAACAAAACCAAUUUCAGUACCACAAAAUAUAAUAGAUAACUUUUAUAGAGAUUAUAAUGCAUCCUCAAAAAAUAAUGUUUGGAAUCGCAUGGAAAACAAUGAAGAAUCUCAUUUAUCUAUAAAUGACACUUAUGGCGGCAACAUCAUGACUGAUUUUUUUGAAGAUAGUUCAUCCUCCCAAAUGCAGGGAGAUGAUGCUAACACUGUUAAUGAAUUUUUAAUAGAUUUGAAUAAAAAUCAAGCUAAAGAAUCGGAUAUUCCCAUUAAUACCAACGAUGAGGAGUAUGAAAGUAUUUUGUCACACAUCAGCAGUAUAUACAUCUUUCCUGAACAAAUUCAACCUCAUGUUCGACACAAUCGCAAGGUCGAUGUAUUUCGGUUUCAAAUUGACAGUAGCUACUCUGAUUUGUCUUACGCUACCCUUCAUCUAUAUCUACGUGGUUGGGAUUGGAUAAGUACUCAUCAGCCUGGGCUUAUUGAAGAAAUUAAGAAACAGCCAUGUAAAGAUAUUGUUGUGACUAUUCACCGCGCUAUUAGGCUUGCAAAUACAACAAGCUUUACUCCUAAAGUCAAAAUGUUUGAGUUUCGGCAAAGUAUUCCGUCAGGACUUGGACAGUGGGUUACUGUGGACCUAAAGUCUCUGCUUGGUAAUCUUGGGUCAAAUAUGACGCAGGAAAUUCUAAUAAAGGGCGCAGAAACCUGGAUGAAGACAUUAGUGGUGACCACUGAUAACACAGCGAAAAAUCCAUUGACUGUUCACAUAGAAAUUGGGUCACAAAAAAAGCAUCGGAGAAAGCGCAGCGUAUAUAUGGACUGCACAGAAAAUGAUCAUGACAUGCGAUGUUGUCGAUAUCCCCUUAAAGUUAAUUUCACCAGCUUUGGAUGGCAUUUCGUUGUAGCACCAACGUCAUUUGACGCAUACUUCUGCAGUGGUGAUUGCAAAGUUGGUUACCUAGAGCAAUAUCCCCAUACGCAUUUAGCAGCCUUAACGACAUCGGCCACACCGUGUUGCUCUCCAACUAAAAUGAGUUCCUUAAGUUUGUUAUAUUUUGACGAUAACCAUAAUCUGGUUUUAAGUGUUAUACCAAAUAUGUCUGUCGAGGGUUGCAGCUGUUCUUAGGGAAAAAAAUUCGGUGUGUUUUAAAAAUAUAACUAAUAUAUACGGUAUGUAAAUAAAUAUACGUAAAGAAAUAUUGAUCUGUUUGAGAAAGCUAGUUUAAAGUAUAUUUCCCACUUUUUCUAUAAAAAAUAAAUUUUUUACAUAGGUCACAUAGCAUGCUGAUGAUUCCCAAAGUGUUAAAUUAAUAAAUAGAUCGCAAUUAAACAGAAAAAAAAAUUAUCAUUUUAUAAUUAAUUACUACAUUUAGCUUAUGCAGAAAUAUAAAACCAAACACUAUUUUUUAAACUGUACAUUUAAUUACGAAUGAAAAGCAAUCAAAAAUGAAUCGUUUCAAAUAAAAUGCUUGUACGACGCAUUAAGCAAUACAAGAUUAAAAUAAACUAA